CAUUAGAGCAUUCUCAUCGAUGCACGUAUCGAAUACGAUAGAAGAUGAAAAAAUUAAAGCAAAAUACGACAUUAUUGUUGCCGGCGGUGGUAUGGUUGGAUGUACAUUGGCCUGUGCUUUGGGUAAAAAUCCGUUGCUUAGUAAACUGAAAGUGUUGCUAUUGGAAGGCAACACGAAACAGGAGUUUCAUUUAAAUACCGAAUACAGCAACCGAGUCGUGGCUCUCAAUCAAAACACAAAGUCUUUGAUGAACUCUCUGAAUGUAUGGAGACAUGUGGAGAACGCACGUUUACAACCCGUUAGGUAUAUGCAAGUAUGGGAUGCCUGCUCUGAUGCUUUAAUAUCCUUCAGUAGUUCAGAAGUCUUCGAUGAUGAUUUGGCCUACAUAGUAGAAAAUGAUCUUUUACUAAAUGCAAUAAAUCAAGAACUAUCCACAAACAAUGUUGAUGUAGUGUAUGGUGCUAAAAUUGCAGAAUAUCAAUUGCUUAGGAGAGAUAAUAGUGGUAAUGAUCCAGAGAGUUUGGUCAAGAUGAGCAAUGGAGAUGUCUAUGCCUGUAAACUUUUGAUUGGCGCUGACGGGGCGAACUCGGCGGUUCGACAAGCCAUGGGCGCUCAGUACCUGUCGUGGAACUACGACCAGAAGGGCGUUGUAGCUACACUGCAUUUAGCUGAGGAAACCGAGAAUACAACAGCAUGGCAACGGUUCCUUCCAACCGGGCCGGUAGCAUUGCUGCCCUUGGAUUCAAAACGUAGCUCGCUCGUGUGGUCAACGAAUCACAGCCACGCCACACAUCUACUCAAAUUGCCUGACGAACAGUUUGUCGACGCUCUUAAUGAUGCCUUGUGGAAACAGUAUCCUCGCAGUAGCAGUGUAGACACCUGCAUGUCCUGGGUGAGUGGUUUGCUACGUCGCGUUGGUCUACCCGACGGGGCGGUGAGGCAACUACCGCCAUCUGUAAAGAAUAUAGCGCCUAAAUCCAGAGCUGCGUUCCCGCUCGGCUUCGGCCAUAGUACUAGAUACGUUGCAAUAGGAGUCGCUCUUGUUGGAGAUGCCGCACAUCGUGUUCACCCGUUAGCCGGACAAGGAGUGAACCUUGGCUUUGGCGACGUGAAGGAUCUUACAGAUAUGCUCGCUGAUGCUUUGUACAGCGGUUUAGAAUUAACACAUCACAGCUGGUUGGAAAAAUAUGAGACCACAAGGCAACGACACAAUGUGCCCACUCAAUUAGCCGUAGACGCUUUACAUAGACUGUAUACCGUAGACCUAGCUCCUGUCGUAUUACUCCGAAGUGUGGGCCUGCAGCUUACCAAUGCCAUACAACCUGUGAAGAAAAUGAUCAUCUCGCACGCCACGACUUAAUAAUGAAGAAAGAAUAUCUACGGAAUAAUGGACUAUAGACAUUUUUGGUGAAGAUAGAAUUGUAAUAGAUAUUAUUAGAAAAAACACUCAAAUCUAUUUGGAUGUAAUAUACAAUACGGCAGACGAAAAAUUCGUUCAAUUUCAUUUUUUUGGAACUGAUAUGGAGUUGUCAAAUCAAAUUAAGGAGGACGAAAGAGAACCAAUACUGCCCUCCUUAUCAUAAUUAACGUAAUCAACUUUAUUAGCGAAAUUGAGUUAUUACGUUUUUGCAAUUAGCGAAACGAGAUCUCCAACCCCUUAUAAGCGUUUUUUUUUGUAUCUUAUUUAGUUUCAGUUUUAUUGUUUUUAAGCGAAAUCAUCGUAAUUCACAUUUUUCAAAGCAGAAUUUUGGCGCCAAUAUCUCCAAAAUUACCAAUAUGCAAAUGUGUUGGUUAUGACAAGGAGGGCAGAAUUAGCGAUGCUCGACUUUGAAAUUUACUAAUACUAAUAAUUCGAAUAGGCAAAUCUAAGUCGAAUCCGAGCACAAUCAUUAUUGAUACCGAAUACCUCUCUUUCCAUUAGGUCGGGUGUAUGAAUCGAAUGAUUAUUAUUUUGGAACAACUCGGAACCACACCAUGUUGAUAUCAAAAUACACCCUGUCACAUUUACGGUAUUUACCAUAUGUCAGAGAGGGCUAGGCAGAAAUGCUGUAUGGAAUCUAUGGAUUAGUAAUGAAUGAUCAUUCAUAUUAUUCGAAUACGAAAAUUAGUAGGUUACUAAUUUGUCAUUCGAAUGACAAGAUGAGUAAUUAGUAACGAGUCGAAUAUCUAAAUCAUUCGCAAUAGCGCAUCGUUGGCAGAGUACUGAUAAACCAUAAAUAAAAUGUUACAUAAUCGCGUUCUGACAAAUAAAAAGUUUUUUUUUUGCGGAGUAUAGGAUACAUCACUAAUACAAGGCGUGCUUGAAAACGUUUCUCAUUGGCACGCCUACCUAUUCAUCGUUCCUAUUAUCACUUAUUUUAUUACCAAUGUAAAAAAAAAUACCGAAUC